CAAUCCCAAAUCCCUGCAUGCGAGCAGUACCGUGGGGCGAGUGCGUGUGGAAUAUGUGUGAAUUGUGCGUCCAACGAUAGGAUUCAUUUUGAUAUGCAUUUGAUGAGGCGUAGUUUAGUGAUAUAACGACACAGACGAACACACGAAAAUGGCGGAGGCAGAAGGCGGAGCGAGUGAGCAGGACGAUGUUUCCUUCCUCCGCACGGAAGACAUGGUCUGUCUGUCGUGCACCGCGACGGGCGAACGAGUGUGUCUAGCGGCCGAGGGCUUCGGCAACCGCCACUGCUUCCUAGAGAACAUUGCCGAUAAGAACAUACCGCCUGAUCUAUCGCAGUGCGUCUUCGUUAUCGAACAGGCAUUGUCAGUCAGAGCUCUGCAAGAAUUGGUCACAGCCGCCGGUUCUGAGACCGGAAGCGAAAACGUUGGUAAAGGUACAGGAUCUGGACACAGAACCUUGUUGUAUGGCAACGCUAUACUUCUGCGACACUUGAACAGUGAUAUGUACCUAGCCUGCCUCUCGACAUCGUCUUCCCAAGAUAAGUUGGCGUUUGACGUCGGUUUACAAGAGCAUUCAAAAGGUGAAGCGUGCUGGUGGACUCUACAUCCGGCCAGCAAGCAGAGAUCUGAAGGUGAGAAGGUUCGAGUUGGUGACGACUUGAUCUUGGUAUCCGUAGCUACAGAAAGAUACUUGCACACGACGAAAGAGAACGAAGUAUCCAUAGUCAACGCUUCCUUCCACGUCACCCACUGGUCUGUUCAGCCAUAUGGUACUGGUAUAUCACGUAUGAAGUACGUGGGAUAUGUCUUCGGUGGUGACGUUCUACGGUUCUUCCACGGGGGCGACGAGUGUCUCACCAUACCGAGCACGUGGACCAAAGAUGGUGGACAGAACAUCGUGGUCUACGAAGGCGGUUCCGUGAUGUCGCAAGCCCGGUCGCUCUGGCGGCUGGAGCUGGCGCGCACCAAGUGGGCGGGCGGGUUCAUCAACUGGUACCACCCCAUGAGGAUCAGGCACAUCACCACCGGCAGAUACCUCGGCGUCAACGACCAGAAUGAGCUGUAUCUUAUCAGCAGAGACGAAGCGACAACCGCUUCCUGCGCUUUCUGCCUCCGCCAAGAGAAAGAUGACCAGAAAGUGGUAUUGGAAGACAAGGAUCUGGAGGUGAUAGGAGCUCCCAUCAUCAAGUAUGGUGACUCGACAGUUAUCGUGCAGCACUCGGAGACGGGACUGUGGCUGUCUUAUAAGUCAUACGAGACCAAGAAGAAAGGAGUGGGUAAAGUAGAAGAGAAACAAGCCAUCCUACACGAAGAAGGAAAAAUGGACGACGGACUCGACUUCUCGAGGUCGCAGGAAGAAGAGUCUAGGACUGCUAGAGUAAUUAGGAAGUGUUCCUCGCUGUUCACCAAGUUCAUAAAUGGCCUCGAAACCCUCCAAGAAAACCGUCGUCACUCCAUGUUCUUCGCGUCGGUCAAUCUGGGCGAGAUGGUCAUGUGCUUGGAGGAUCUGAUCAACUACUUCGCACAACCUGACGAGGACAUGGAACACGAGGAAAAACAGAACAAGUUCCGUGCUCUCCGAAACCGUCAAGAUCUAUUCCAAGAGGAGGGUAUACUGAACCUGAUUCUGGAGGCCAUAGACAAGAUCAACGUGAUCACAUCUCAGGGUUUCCUCGCUGGAUUCCUCGCUGGUGAUGAGAGCGGGCAGAGUUGGGAUAUGAUCUCUGUCUACUUGUAUCAGUUGCUAGCGGCCAUCAUCAAAGGCAACCACACCAACUGCGCUCAAUUCGCCAACUCUAAUCGACUCAACUGGUUGUUCUCACGUCUCGGCUCGCAGGCUUCGGGGGAGGGUACCGGCAUGUUGGACGUGUUGCAUUGCGUGCUCAUCGACUCACCUGAAGCGCUGAAUAUGAUGAGGGAUGAACACAUCAAAGUCAUCAUCUCUCUCCUCGAGAAGCACGGUCGGGACCCGAAGGUUCUGGACGUGUUAUGUUCCUUGUGCGUCGGUAACGGCGUCGCGGUGCGCUCCUCGCAGAACAACAUCUGCGACUACCUGCUGCCGGGGAAGAACCUGCUGCUGCAGACGCAGCUGGUCGACCACGUGUCCAGUGUCCGACCCAACAUUUUCGUCGGAAGGGUCGAGGGUUCCGCGGUAUAUCAGAAGUGGUACUUCGAAGUGACGAUGGAUCAUAUUGAGAAGACCACACAUAUGAUGCCACAUCUCAGGAUUGGCUGGGCUAAUACUACCGGCUACGUCCCCUACCCGGGAGGUGGUGAGAAGUGGGGAGGUAAUGGUGUUGGUGACGACCUCUACUCCUACGGUUUCGACGGCGCAUACCUUUGGUCUGGUGGUCGGAAGACCGCGGUUAAUAGGACGCAUGCUGAAGAGCCGUUUAUUAGAAAAGGUGACGUGAUCGGCUGCGCCCUUGAUCUGACUGUACCCAUCAUUAACUUCAUGUUCAACGGAGUCAGAGUGACGGGUUCUUUCACUAACUUCAAUCUUGAGGGCAUGUUCUUUCCUGUCAUCAGCUGUUCCAGCAAACUCAGUUGUCGCUUCCUCUUGGGCGGUGAGCACGGCCGCCUACGCUACGCCGCGCCGAUGGGCUACUCGCCGCUAGUCGAGAGUCUAUUGCCGCAACAGGUCCUAGCUUUAGAGCCGUGUUUCUACUUCGGAAACUUAGCGAAGAGGGCGCUAGCGGGGCCCCCUCUGGUACAAGACGACACUGCCUUCGUGCCCACUCCCGUCGACACCGCUGCGAUAACCCUGCCACAAUAUAUUGAACAGAUAAGGGACAAGUUGGCAGAGAAUAUACACGAAAUGUGGGCCAUGAACAAGAUUGAAGCUGGCUGGAUGUAUGGGGAUCAGCGCGACGACCUGCACAAAGUCCACCCCUGUCUGGUGCCGUUCGAGCGACUGCCGCCGGCGGAGAAACGAUAUGACAUACAGCUAGCUGUGCAGACGCUCAAGACAAUCCUCGCUCUCGGCUACUACAUCAGCUUGGACAAGCCACCGGCGCGCAUCAGAAACGUUCGCCUGCCAAAUGAACCUUUCAUGCAAUCCAACGGCUACAAGCCAGCGCCUCUAGACCUGAGCGCGGUCACACUCACUCCCAAGAUGGACGAGCUAGUCGACCAACUGGCUGAGAACACUCACAACCUUUGGGCUCGGGAGAGGAUACAGCAGGGAUGGACUUAUGGACUAAACGAGGACGCUGACAUGCACCGCUCGCCCCAUCUAGUCCCGUAUCCGAAGGUAGACGACGCCAUCAAGAAGGCCAACCGAGAUACGGCGUCGGAGACUGUUAGGACUCUGCUGGUUUAUGGAUACAACUUGGAUCCUCCUACCGGGGAGCAACAUGAAGCCUUGCUGGCAGAAGCUUCUAGACAGAAGCAGGCUGACUUCCGAACAUACAGAGCGGAGAAGAACUACGCUGUUAGCUCAGGGAAAUGGUACUUCGAAUUCGAGAUACUCACCGCGGGACCUAUGAGGGUCGGUUGGGCUCAUGCUGAUAUGGCCCCAGGAAUAAUGUUGGGACAAGACGAAAAUUCAUGGGCAUUCGACGGUUAUAAUGAGGAAAAAGUGUUCUCUGGAAACACUGAGUCGUUUGGCAGACAGUGGGCAGUUGGAGACGUUGUAGGCGUUUUCCUAGAUCUCAUUGAUAAGACGAUAAGUUUCUCUCUCAAUGGUGAACUCCUAAUGGAUGCUUUGGGCGGAGAGACGACCUUUGCAGAUGUACAGGGAGAUAAUUUCGUACCUGCCUGCACUUUGGGUGUGGGACAGAAAGCUAGACUUUCGUACGGCCAAGACGUUAACUCCUUGAAGUAUUUUACGACGUGCGGUCUACAAGAGGGCUAUGAGCCUUUCUGUGUCAACAUGAAGCGCGACGUCACACACUGGUACACGAAGGACCAGCCGAUUUUUGAGAACACAGACGAAAUGGCCGACACAAGAAUCGACGUCACGAGGAUACCUGCUGGCUCGGAAACCCCGCCCUGCAUGAAAAUAUCUCACAACACUUUUGAGACGAUGGAGAAAGCGAAUUGGGAGUUCCUGCGAUUGUCUCUGCCCGUUAUAUGCCAGGCUGAGUUUAUUGAUGAGCAAGAGAAAGCUCGCCGUUGGGUAGAGAUAAAAGAGAGACAGCAGAUACUACAGAGAGAAGCGGUAGAGGCUCAAAUGCCGGCACACAUAGACCAGAUCAUGAGGAGCGGAUUCACCAUGAAUGAUAUCAAAGGUCUUCACUACGACGACAACCAGGAGGAGAUGCCGAGCUCCAACCUCAAACGGCAGCCGACUAAACCCCCCAGAAAGGGAUCCUUGACCAGAGGUCCAGUAAAUGGUAUGAAUCGGUCCACAAGCGAAGCAGAGAUGUCGAAAUAUAACGAGCUUGGAGUUCCAGCGGAAGACAAGAAAGAUAAAAGAGGAAGGUCACCGUUUAAAUUUUUCCGCAGCAAACGUGGGGAGAGCGGCGAUCGGGCUAAAUCCCGAAAAUCCAAAACUCCCGACCCGUUGAGUGAUGCCGAAGUGUCACCAGAGAGAAGCGUGAAGAGGCCAAACCCACAAAUUAGAAUAUCACAGGCGAACCAAAGAUACAAUAACUUACAACACAGACCUAGCGCUGCGAACAUGUAUGGAAGUCAGGUACUAAGUACCAACGUUACCACCACUCCCACUCAGGACCGCAAGCAGAUGACCACCACCAACCUGUCCGCUGCUACCACGGAGACCGUUGGCAAUGAGAUAUUCGACGCCGAAUGUCUCAAGCUGAUCAACGAAUACUUCUAUGGUGUCAGGAUAUUCCCCGGUCAAGAUCCAACGCACGUCUACAUAGGCUGGGUGACGACACAAUACCAUCUCCACUCCAAGGACUUCAACCAGAACAAAGUCACCAAGUCCUCAGUCAUCAUCACAGAUGACUACGACAGGGUUAUUGAGAGCGUAAACCGUCAAUCGUGCUACAUGGUGCGAGCCGAUGAGCUAUACAACGAAGUGAUGGCGGAGGCGACAGGGAAGGGCGCGUCCCAGGGCAUGUUCAUAGGGUGCUCUGUGGACACGUCCACGGGCACCGUAGCUUUCACGUGCGAGGGGAAAGACACGAGUAUUAAGUUUAAGAUGGAACCGGAAACCAAACUCUUCCCCGCCAUCUUCGUAGAAGCGACGUCCAGGGAAAUCCUCCAGAUCGAGCUGGGCAGAUCCUCCACCAGCCUCCCGCUGAGCGCGGCGGUGCUGCCCACCAGCGACAAACACGUCAACCCCCAGUUCCCGCCGAGGCUGAAGGUGCAGUGCCUGAAGCCACACCAGUGGGCCAGGGUACCCAAUCAAUCUCUUCAAGUGCACGCGCUCAAGCUAUCAGAUAUUCGGGGCUGGUCCAUGCUCUGUGAGGAUGCAGUGUCCAUGCUGGCUUUGCAUAUACCUGAGGAGGACAGGUGUAUGGACAUCUUGGAGUUGAUAGAGAUGGACAAACUGCUGAGCUUCCAUUCUCAUACGCUCACACUGUAUGCUGCUUUGUGCUACCAGAGUAACUACAGGGCCGCGCACGCGUUAUGUCAACACGUAGACCAGAAACAACUGCUGUACGCGAUCCAAUCACAGUACAUGUCGGGACCGCUUCGCCAGGGCUUUUAUGACCUGCUUAUAGCGCUGCAUCUGGAGUCGCACGCCACUACCAUGGAAGCGUGUAAGAACGAAUUCGUGAUACCACUUGGUCCGGAACUGAAAGCCUUAUAUGAGGACCGCGAAAUGUGCCACAGUCUUCGUUCCCUGCAGACGGAAAGUGUCAGGCCGCAGAUGAAGAUGACUGAUAUCGCCGAAAGUAUAACGGACAUAAGCAACCUGUACUCCCCCUACUUCCCUCUGGAGGUGGUGCGCGAGUUCGUGAUGCAGGCGCUGGCAGACGCCGUCGAGACCAACCAAGUCCACAACAGAGACCCCGUGGGCGGGAGCAACGAGAAUCUGUUCCUGCCGCUGAUCAAGCUGACGGACCGGUUACUGCUGGUGGGCAUGAUGAGAGAUGAAGACGUGGAGAAGCUGCUUAUCAUGAGCAACCCGGAGACAUGGGAUCCUACUUUCGAUAAGGAAGGCAAAGACGAGCACCGAAAAGGCUUACUCCACAUGAAGAUGGCGGAAGGGGCUAAACUACAGAUGUGCUAUCUGUUGCAACAUCUCAACGACAUACAGUUGAGGCAUCGUGUGGAGUCCAUUAUUGCGUUCGCUCAUGACUUCGUUGGUGAUUUGCAGGCUGAUCAGUUGAGGCGAUACAUCGAGAUCAAGCAGUCAGAUCUACCGAGUGCGGUUGCUGCGAAGAAGACCAGGGAGUUCAGAUGUCCGCCGCGGGAGCAGAUGAAUGCUAUACUCAGUUUCAAACACCUGGAAGACGAGGAUCCGGAGAACUGUCCAUGUGGGGAGGACCUGAUCAGCAGAAUGAACGAGUUCCAUGAGGCGUUGAUGGCGCAUGUAUCCUUGAACGCGCUACAGGAGCCUGAUUCUAGCGAGUCUUCAGAGCCUGAGGCCAAACCGAGCGCCUUCGGGAAGCUGUACAACAUCAUCAAUACAGUGAAAGAGUUAGAAGAUGAACCCAAGGCAAUAGAAGAACCUGUAAAGAAGACUCCAGAAGAGAAAUUCCGUAAAGUUCUGAUACAGACCAUCGUGUCUUGGGCCGAAGAGUCACAGAUUGAGACGCCGAAAUUGGUCAGGGAAAUGUUCAGUCUACUAGUCCGUCAAUACGACUCUAUAGGAGAACUUGUGAGGGCUCUAGAGAAGACUUACGUCAUAAACGCCAAGACUAAGAAGGAUGUAGCCGAGAUGUGGGUUGGGCUGAGUCAAAUCAGAGCACUACUGCCAGUCCAGAUGAGUCAGGAGGAAGAGGAGUUGAUGAGAAAGAGAUUGUGGAAACUCGUCAACAAUGCCACGUUUUUCCAGCAUCCAGAUCUGAUAAGAGUCCUACGCGUCCACGAAAACGUGAUGGCAGUUAUGAUGAACACGCUCGGGCGGCGCGCGCAGGCGCAGUCCGACGCGCCCGCCGCCACGCCGCCCACACCGGAGGACAAAGAGAAGGACACAUCCCACGAGAUGGUGGUGGCCUGCUGUCGGUUCCUCUGCUACUUCUGUCGCACGGGCCGUCAGAACCAGAAGGCUAUGUUCGACCACUUCGACUUUCUACUGGAGAACUCCAAUAUUCUUCUCAGCAGACCAUCCCUGAGGGGUUCCACUCCGCUGGAUGUGGCGUAUUCCAGUCUGAUGGAGAAUACAGAGCUCGCUUUGGCGUUGAGAGAGCACUAUUUAGAGAAGAUAGCGGUGUACCUCUCGCGCUGCGGGCUACAGAGCAACUCGGAGCUGAUAGAAAAGGGCUACCCUGAUUUGGGCUGGGACCCAGUGGAGGGGGAGAGAUAUCUGGACUUCUUGAGGUUCUGUGUUUGGGUGAACGGUGAAAGUGUCGAAGAGAACGCCAAUCUCGUCAUCCGUCUUCUCAUCCGGCGGCCGGAGUGUCUCGGCCCCGCCCUAAGAGGCGAGGGAGAGGGGCUUCUGAAAGCUAUAGUGGACGCCAACAACAUGAGCGAGAGAAUCGCUGAUAGAAGAAAGCUGAGGGAUUUGGAGCAGGAGGGAGAUGUUAAUGUGAAUAUGAGCGAGAGAAUAGCUGAUAUACGGAAUUUAAGAGAUCAGCUAGAGCAGGAGGGAGAUGUUGAUUUCAGCCAUCCACUCCCUGAAAGUGAUGAUGAUGAAGACUACAUAGACACUGGUGCUGCUAUACUCAAUUUCUACUGUACGUUGGUAGACCUACUGGGAAGAUGCGCACCGGAUGCCGCAGUCAUUGCCUUGGGCAAGAACGAAUCUCUCAGGGCACGAGCCAUUCUCCGUUCUCUAGUACCGCUAGAAGACUUACAGGGAGUGCUAAGUCUACGUUUCACGCUGAAUAACCCUGCUGCUGGAGAGGAAAGACCUAAAUCAGAUAUGCCGUCAGGUCUCAUCCCUGGUCACAAGCAGAGCGUUGGUCUGUUCCUCGAGAGAGUCUACGGCAUAGAAACCCAGGAGUUGUUCUAUCGACUUCUAGAAGAGGCCUUCUUGCCUGAUCUCCGAGCUGCUACUAUGUUGGAUAGGAACGAUGGCUGCGAAUCUGACAUGGCGUUGUCUAUGAAUCGCUACAUCGGCAACUCGAUUCUGCCCCUGCUGAUCAAACACGCCAACUUCUACAAUGAGGCGGAGAACUAUGCCAGUCUGUUGGACGCGACCCUACAUACUGUAUACAGGUUGUCCAAGAACCGCAUGCUCACCAAGGGUCAACGUGAGGCGGUCUCCGACUUCCUCGUCGCGCUGACAGCGGCUAUGCAGCCGUCUAUGCUGUUGAAGCUGCUAAGGAAACUGACAGUGGAUGUGUCGAGGCUGUCUGAGUAUACCACUGUGGCGCUAAGGCUCCUGACCCUCCACUACGAACGAUGCGCCAAAUACUACGGCAGCUCCGGCGGGCAGGGCGCUUACGGCUCGUCCUCUGACGAGGAGAAGAGACUGACCAUGAUGCUGUUCAGCAACAUCUUCGACUCGCUCAGCAAGAUGGACUACGAGCCCGAGCUGUUCGGGAAGGCGCUGCCGUGCUUGAUAGCUAUUGGUUGCGCGCUGCCACCCGACUAUUCUCUAUCCAAGAACUACGAUGAUGAGUUCUAUGGCAAAGAGACACCAGCUACAGAUAAUCCACAAUACGAUCCGCAGCCAAUCAACACGUCGUCGGUCGCUCUCAACAACGAUCUCAACACAAUUGUGCAGAAGUUUUCAGAACAUUAUCAUGAUGCUUGGGCCUCCAGGAAAAUCGAGAACGGUUGGGUGUACGGAGAAUCAUAUUCUGACAGCCAGAAGUCACAUCCUCGUCUCAAGCCGUACAACAUGCUUAAUGAUUAUGAGAAAGAGCGCUACAAAGAACCAGUGCGGGAGUCCCUCAAGGCUCUUCUUGCUAUCGGCUGGUCAGUGGAACACUCCGAAGUGGAUCUACCCAGCAACAACCGAAGUUCUAUGCGACGGCAGUCAAAGAGUGGACAGUCUGACUCAGCCACGCCUUUCAACUACAACCCUCAUCCAGUCGACAUGACAAACUUGACAUUGUCACGCGAGAUGCAAAACAUGGCGGAACGGUUGGCCGAAAACGCGCACGACAUCUGGGCGAAGAAGAAGAAGGAGGAGUUGGUUACUAAUGGAGGUGGCAUCCACCCCCAACUAGUGCCAUACGAUCUACUCACCGACAAAGAGAAGAAGAAGGAUCGAGAACGAUCCCAGGAGUUCCUCAAAUACCUCCAAUACCAAGGUUACAAGCUACACAGGCCGAGCCGCGGACCGCAGGGUGAUACAGAACAGACUACUACGGGCGUAGCAAUAGAGCUCAGAUUCGCUUACUCGCUCCUCGAGAAGUUGAUACAGUACAUAGAUAGAGCUACUAUCAAUAUGAAGCUUCUAAAACCGUCUACCACUUUCAGUAGAAGGACUAGUUUUAAAAUGAGUACGAGGGACAUCAAGUUUGUUUCCAAGGUUGUCCUACCUCUUAUGGAGAAGUAUUUCUCGACGCAUCGUAACUACUUCAUAGCGGUUGCUACUGCAACCAACAAUGUGGGUGCGGCUUCUCUCAAAGAGAAGGAGAUGGUUGCAGCAUUAUUCUGCAAACUGGCCAGUCUGCUGAGAUCCAGGCUAGCAGCCUUCGGUCCCGAUGUCCGCAUCACGGUCCGAUGUCUCCAAGUGCUGGUGAAGGGAAUCGACGCGAAGUCCCUCGUCAAGAACUGCCCCGAAUUCAUCAGAACAUCUAUGCUGACUUUCUUCAAUAACGUCGCUGAUGAUUUGGGGCAUACGAUACUUAAUUUACAGGAGGGCAAAUAUGCCCACCUCCGAGGCACGCAUCUCAAGACGUCUACUUCUCUGGGCUAUAUCGAUGGCGUGCUGAUGCCGGUACUUACCGCGAUGUUUGACCACCUCGCUAACUGCGAGUACGGCGCUGAUCUGCUGCUGGACGAGAUCCAGGUGGCGUCAUACAAAAUGCUCGGGUCACUCUACACCCUGGGCACUGACGUCACACUCACACACGACAGGAAGUACCUGAAGACGGAGAUAGAACGACACAAGCCGGCUCUGGGUUCCUGUCUCGGUGCGUUCAGUUCCACCUUCCCUGUUGCGUUCCUCGAGCCUCACCUCAACAAGCACAACCAGUUCUCGCUGUUGAAUCGUAUCGCUGAUCACUCCUUGGAGGCUCAAGACAUAAUGGCGAAGAUGGAGCAAUCUAUGCCUACCCUGGAGACAAUUUUGAACGAAGUGGACCAGUUUGUGGAGUCGGAUAAGACGUACAACGAAGCUCCGCAUAUUAUCGACGUGGUUAUGCCGCUCCUGUGCUCCUACCUGCCUUUCUGGUGGGCGCAGGGGCCUGAUAAUGUGACGCCUACGGCCGGCAACCACGUAACCAUGGUAACGGCGGAACACAUGAACCAACUCCUCAAAAACGUCCUCAAACUGAUCAAAAAGAACAUCGGCAACGAAUCAGCUCCUUGGAUGACUCGCAUCGCGACAUACACUCAGCAGAUAAUCAUCAACAGUUCUGAAGAGUUGCUUAGAGAUUCCUUCCUGCCGUUAGCCGAGAGAGUACGGAAGAGGACUGACAAUAUGUUCCAUAAGGAGGAGAGUCUUAGAGGAUUCAUCAAGUCAUCAACGGACGAUACCUCUCAAGUGGAAUCCCAGAUCCAAGAGGACUGGCAGCUGCUUGUCCGCGAUAUCUACUCCUUCUAUCCGCUGCUCAUCAAAUACGUCGAUCUACAGAGGAACCACUGGCUAAGGAAUAAUAUACCGGAGGCCGAAGAGCUAUACAACCACGUCGCAGAAAUAUUCAACAUUUGGUCCAAGAGUCAAUACUUCUUGAAGGAGGAGCAAAACUUCAUAUCCGCCAACGAAAUUGAUAACAUGGUUUUGAUAAUGCCAACUGCGACUAGAAGAGUUACUACAGUUGUAGAUGGUACGCCACAAGGUGGAGGAAAGAAGAAGAAGAAGCAUCGUGAUAAGAAGCGAGACAAGGACAAGGAAGUCCAGGCGUCGCUGAUGGUGGCCUGUCUGAAGAGGCUGCUGCCGGUCGGUCUGAACCUGUUCGCUGGACGAGAACAGGAGUUGGUGCAGCACUGCAAGGAUAGGUUCUUGAAGAAAAUGUCCGAACAAGACGUAGCUGAAUUCGCCAAGACCCAACUCACUCUCCCCGACAAGAUAGACCCAGCCGAUGAGAUGUCCUGGCAACACUAUCUAUACUCGAAGCUGGGCAGCAAGAACAAGGCGGCAACGGUGGUGGAAACAGCUGACAACAAGGCCAAAGUCAUUGAUGAUACCGUGGAAAGGAUUGUGGCUAUGAGCAAAGUGCUGUUUGGACUGCAUAUGAUCGACCAUCCGCAACAAAUGAGUAAGAACGUGUACAGAUCAGUCGUAUCUAUACAACGGAAGCGAGCAGUCAUUGCUUGCUUUAGGCAGACGUCUCUGCAUUCCUUACCAAGACAUCGCGCGUGCAACAUAUUCGCGCGGACGUACUAUGAGCUGUGGCUGGAAGAGGAGAAUAUUGGCCAGGAGGUCAUGAUUGAGGAUCUCACGCAAUCUUUCGAAGACGCAGAACUUAAGAAGAGUGAUGUAGUGGAAGAAGAAGGCAAGCCUGACCCUCUCACUCAGCUCGUCACGACGUUCUGUCGCGGGGCCAUGACAGAGCGAUCUGGCGCUUUACAGGAGGACCCUCUAUAUAUGUCAUACGCACACAUCAUCGCCAAGUCUUGCGGGGAAGAAGAAGAAGAAGGAGGGGAAGAGGAAGAAGGGGGAGGAGAGGAGGCAGCGGGAGAAGAGGAGGGCGGACCUAGUAUACACGAACAAGAGAUGGAGAAGCAGAAGCUGCUCUUCCACCAGGCCCGUCUCGCAGACCGGGGGGUAGCCGAGAUGGUCCUCCUCCACAUAUCCGCCUCCAAGGGUAUACCGAGUGACAUGGUGAUGAAGACCCUUCAGCUCGGUAUAUCCAUACUGAGGGGGGGCAACAUCGAUAUACAGAUGGGCAUGCUGAACCACCUCAAAGACAAGAAGGACGUGGGCUUCUUCACAUCCAUCGCGGGUCUCAUGAACUCCUGUUCGGUGCUAGAUCUCGACGCUUUCGAGAGGAAUACUAAGGCUGAAGGAUUGGGCGUGGGCUUGGAAGGCGCUGCCGGCGAGAAGAACAUGCAUGAUGCUGAGUUUACGUGCGCGCUUUUCCGGUUUAUACAGCUCACUUGCGAGGGACACAAUUUAGAGUGGCAAAACUACCUACGUACGCAGGCUGGUAACACCACCACUGUCAACGUGGUCAUCUGCACAGUGGACUACCUGCUGCGUCUCCAGGAGUCCAUCAUGGACUUCUACUGGCAUUACAGCAGUAAGGAGCUUAUAGACCCGGCGGGCAAGGCAAACUUCUUCAAGGCCAUCGGCGUCGCGUCGCAAGUGUUCAACACGCUUACAGAAGUCAUACAGGGACCGUGUACGCAGAACCAACAGGCGUUAGCACAUUCCAGGUUAUGGGACGCGGUAGGCGGUUUCCUCUUCCUGUUCUCUCACAUGCAAGAGAAACUAUCCAAACAUUCGUCCCAGGUUGACCUGCUAAAGGAACUGCUCAAUCUCCAGAAGGAUAUGAUCACCAUGAUGCUUUCUAUGCUGGAAGGAAAUGUUGUUAAUGGUACUAUCGGUAAACAGAUGGUAGACACGCUAGUAGAAUCAGCGUCCAACGUGGAACUCAUUCUCAAAUACUUUGACAUGUUCCUCAAACUAAAUGCCCUGACUUCAAGCGCUAAUUUCAAGGAGAUCGACGCGAACAACGACGGCUGGGUCCUGCCAAAGGACUUUAAGGAGAAGAUGGAGCAACAGAAGAGUUAUACGCCAGAAGAAAUAGAGUUCCUUCUCGCGUGCUGUGAAACCAACCACGACGGUAAACUGGACUACAUCGGCUUCUGCGACCGCUUCCAUGAGCCGGCUAAGGAAAUCGGCUUCAACUUAGCCGUUUUGCUGACUAACCUGUCUGAGCAUAUGCCCAAUGAACCAAGAUUGGCCCGUUUCCUCGAGACGGCCGGUUCCGUCCUCAACUAUUUCGAGCCUUUCCUCGGUCGUAUCGAGAUCAUGGGCGGCUCGAAGAGGAUAGAGCGAGUUUACUUCGAGAUCAAGGAGUCGAAUAUUGAACAAUGGGAGAAGCCGCAGAUUAAGGAAUCCAAACGAGCUUUCUUCUACAGUAUAGUCACAGAGGGUGGUGACAAAGAGAAGUUAGAAGCCUUUGUCAACUUCUGUGAAGACGCCAUCUUUGAAAUGACGCAUGCUUCGGGAUUAAUGGCCGCUUCGGAGGAAUCAGCCGGUGGACCGAAGAACAGAGAGGCGGCGUAUAUGUAUAUGGGAGAUGAUGACGAUGAAAGAGCCGGCAAAGAUCCUUUCCGUCGUGGCUUACAAUCCGUCAAGGACGGCAUCGCCACGGCAUUCUCGUCUCUAUCGCCGUCUAGCAUAAAGCAGAAAAUCGCUGAUCUCCAACAGAUGCCGCCCGCGGAGUUGGCUGUAGGAUUCUUCAAAAUGUUCUUCUAUCUGUUCUACUAUAUCGGUUAUGGUGCUUUUGUUGUUAUAAGGUACGUAUUCGGCGUGCUCCUGGGUCUGAUGCGAGGUCCCCAAGUGGAGGAGGCGCCCCCGGAACCGGUGGAAGAGGAGAAAUUCGGUCAGUUCCGACACAGACUCGCGCUCACAAGUCCUAUACGACACUUGCCAGCCUUACCAGCGGCGGAUGAUACGGGACAAAUGCAGGUUUCUGCUUUCGGACUGGACAUCACUAAAGAGGACAAUGGACAAAUUCAAGUGAAACCUCACGAGUCUCCAACCACUUCGACGCCAUCUAGCGGUGAAGAAGCAGAGGUGUCACCUGAUGACAGCGCCGACCACAGCGAAGAGCAGCAGCCGCCAUCCCUAAUUGAUCUGCUCGGUGGUGAACAAGCGAAGAAGCAAGCGCAAGAACGAAUGGAAGCACAAGCGGUGCAGCAAGCGGCCAUGUCACAGAUAGAGGCCGAGAGCAAGAAGAGUGUAGCUGCUCCCACGUCGUCGGCGCUCGCUGCGACAGACGUGUCGCAAUACGUUAAACGCGCCGUGUCAUUCCUCGCUAGAAACUUCUAUAACCUCAAAUAUGUUGCUCUCGUAUUGGCCUUCGCUAUCAACUUCGUUUUGCUCUUCUACAAGGUUACGACCCUGGAGGUGGAAGGUGGUGACGGGUCCGGAAUAGCGGACAUCAUCAGCGGUUCCGGUUCUGGCGGGGGAUCUGGUGGGAGUGGAGAUGGUUCUGGAGCAGGCAGCGGCGAUGGUGACGAUGAUGAUGCACUGGAAGUGGUACAAAUAGACGAAGACUUCUUCUACAUGGAACACGUGAUAAAUGUUGCUGCAGCCCUGCAUUCGAUAGUGUCGCUCGCUAUACUCAUUGGAUACUACCAUCUGAAGGUGCCGCUGGCGAUAUUCAAGCGCGAGAAGGAGAUAGCCCGCAAGCUGGAGUUCGACGGCCUCUACAUCGCCGAGCAGCCCGAGGACGACGACCUCAAGAGCCACUGGGACAAGCUCGUCAUAUCCGCCAAAUCCUUCCCCGUGAACUACUGGGACAAAUUCGUCAAGAAGAAGGUCCGUGCGAAGUACUCUGAGACAUACGACUUCGACAGCAUAUCGAAUAUGUUGGGCAUGGAGAAGACUUCCUUCGCCGCUCAGGAGGACGAAGGGAACAAGGGCUUCGUUAAUUACAUUCUCAACAUCGACUGGCGCUACCAGGUGUGGAAAGCCGGAGUCACCAUUACAGACAACUCCUUCCUGUACUCUCUCUGGUAUUUCUCGUUCUCGGUGAUGGGCAACUUUAACAAUUUCUUCUUCGCCGCCCAUCUGCUGGACGUCGCUGUUGGCUUCAAGACGCUGAGGACUAUCUUACAGUCCGUCACGCAUAACGGGAAACAGCUCGUCCUAACCGUGAUGCUGCUGACCAUCAUAGUGUACAUCUACACGGUGAUAGCUUUCAACUUCUUCCGGAAGUUUUACGUGCAGGAGGAAGACGAUGAAGUGAACAGGAACUGCCAUGAUAUGCUCACGUGCUUCGUGUUCAACUUAUACAAAGGCGUGCGUGCCGGCGGCGGCAUCGGUGAUGAGUUGGAGCCGCCCGAUGGUGAUGACUCCGAGGUGUACCGCAUCAUCUUCGACAUCUCCUUCUUCUUCUUCGUCAUCGUCAUCCUGCUCGCCAUCCUCCAGGGUUUGAUCAUCGACGCGUUCGGCGAGCUCCGUGAUCAACUGGAGUCUGUGAAGGAAGACAUGGAGUCCAACUGCUUCAUAUGCGGCAUCAAUAAGGACUACUUUGAUAAAGUGCCGCACGGUUUCGACACCCACGUGCAGAGAGAACAUAAUCUCGCCAACUACAUGUUCUUCCUGAUGCAUCUCAUCAACAAACCGGAUACCGAGUACACGGGUCAAGAGACGUUUGUAUGGAACAUGUACACUCAGCGGUGUUGGGACUUCUUCCCAGUCGGUGACUGCUUUAGAAAACAGUAUGAAGAUGUGAUGGGAGAAUAGAAGAUGAUAAGCCUUUAAAACUAA